UCUCCACAUUUUCUCUCCUACACGGCUCUCACUCUCCCCCAUCUCUCUCGCGACGCAGAGCUGCCGGCGCCCAAACAAACCCUAGCGACUAGCGUCCGCCGAUCAACCGCCGGCGCAUUCGAUGCUAGCCUUCGCACAUAGCCUAUCGUGUUGACGGAUGGCCGGGUGCCAGUUUUUGCUUGGAAAGGAAAUUUGCUCUCAAAUGAUCCAUCCAUGCAGCUUGUGAUUUGAUUCAGUUAAAUUUUAAUCUCUAAGAAUGGAUCGGUGUGACACAUCAGGCUUUGUUAGCGGAGGCAGUCACUGUUCAUUUUGAGUCCUUGAAUGUAUAUACUCUAGAUCAGGUUCUUUUUUUUAGCUAACCUCAGAAAACUGACAAGCUGUCUUCUUACAAGUGUGAGUUGUCUUGGUGAAUUACUGUCAGAGUUUCUAGUACAUGGACAAUACCCAUUUGCAUUAUACUGCUGCCUUUGCUUCCAAAUCAAAGAAGUUCCCUAGCCUUGAUGCUGGUGUUAGUUAUUCUGGGAUGGCUCCCCUUAAGGUUCAUGCAGCCCCUCUGUCAAGUCCCUACCCUGGAAGUGGAGGCAAGAGAAAAUGUGGUGACUUUGAUGGUUGCACGAAAGACAUGUCGCUGAGUCUGGGGUUGGGCCACUCAUCAAGUUCUUGCACUACUCUAUUAUCGGGGAAGGAUGUGGAACAGGAGUCAUCUGUCAGUCUUGGUCUGAGCAUUGACCUUAAUUUGGGUAACAGUAUGGCUCCAAAUACAAGAAAUGCUUCUACAGAGAUUCCCAAGGAACCGGAGGACAAAAGACACACACUGGACCUUGAAUUGAGCCUUUCAACUGGACUAGCUGAAUCAGAUACAACCACUGUCACGCAAUUCUCCAGUGCUCAUCAGAAUAGCUUGGAUUUACCAGUCAUAACUGCAGUGCAACUUGUGGAUGAAGGAUCAACAUCAUCUAGAUGGAAGUCUGGACCUCUUGUGCCUCCCUUGCUCACUAUGGAGAUAAGCCCACCCUUAGAUAAACUUCAUAGUCUUCCUGUUACCCCAAGCAUCCCAAUAGCAGCAGUAACCUUGCCAAAAUGUUCAACUGGCUGUACUUCUGGGCCUGAAGCCCCAUCACGGAGACGUAAUGUGAGCGUGAGAACUUGCCAAAUUGAAGGAUGUACCAGGGGAGCGAGAGGUGCAUCUGGACUUUGCAUUGCUCAUGGAGGUGGCAGGAGGUGCCAGAAAGCGGGCUGUCAGAAAGGAGCUGAAGGCAAGACAGCAUUCUGCAAGGCUCAUGGUGGAGGUAGGCGCUGCCAAUCUCUUGGUUGCACCAAGAGUGCUGAAGGUCGUACAGAGUUUUGCAUCGGUCAUGGUGGUGGUAGGCGGUGCAGUCACGAAGGCUGCACUAGAGCUGCGAGAGGGAAGUCUGGCUUGUGCAUUCGGCACGGUGGUGGCAAAAGGUGCAAUAUGGAGAAUUGCACCAAGAGUGCUGAAGGAAUCUCUGGACUCUGCAUCUCACAUGGUGGUGGCCGCCGUUGCCAGUACCCUUCAUGUACAAAAGGAGCUCAAGGGAGCACAAAUUUCUGCAAAGCUCAUGGUGGUGGAAAGAGAUGCACAUUCCUGGGGUGCAGAAAGGGCGCUGAAGGUAGCACUGCAUUUUGUAAAGGGCAUGGCGGUGGUAAAAGGUGUACUCAUGAGGGAUGCACAAAAAGUGUGCAUGGAGGUACUUUAUUUUGUGUUGGUCAUGGUGGUGGAAAGAGAUGUGCAAUGGCUGGAUGCUCUAAGAGUGCAAGGGGUCGUACAAACUUCUGUGUUCGCCAUGGCGGUGGUAGAAGGUGCAAAUUUGAAGGAUGUACCAAGAGUGCACAAGGCAGUACUGAUUUCUGCAAGGCACAUGGCGGAGGCAAGCGUUGCUGUUGGGGACAGUUGGGAUCGGAGUUUGGUGAUCAAGCAACUGCUCCGUGUGAUAAAUUUGCAAGAGGAAAAUCAGGCCUCUGUGCUGCCCAUAAUGCAGAGGUGAUAGACAAGCAAAUACAAAGCAGUGCUCCAGUUACCCCAGCACUUCAAGUGCCACAAUCCUUCACAUUCGGAUUUGCUGCUACUGGCUUGGCAACCCAUCCACAUGGAUUGACUAAUGCUGCGACUCCACCGCAAGUUAACUUCCUAACUCAUAAUGCUCCAGUGACGCAAUUUUCACUACCAGAAGGCAGAGUUCAUGGGGGUGGCUUAAUGGCAAUGCUUAUGGGAGGUAACGCUGCUGGAACUAGCAACGCCAAUCAAGUGGGUAAUGCCCCAUCAGAGCCUGGAAAAGAUCAUCCUAUCCCUCAUAGCUGGGUGUAAGUAUUAAGUGUAUAACAUCAUCUUGCUGUUAAUAAGGUUAGACCUGGUUGAUAGCUGUUUUUACUUUUUAGCAUUAAGUUAUUAUAUAUGUAUUUUUAAAUUUAGGACUGGGUCAUUACUGUUACUGUUUCUUCAUUGCAUUUGAUAGGAUAGCCAAGGGUCAAGUUGGAGUCUUAUGUGCCAUCAUGUUGUAUAUAUUUGUAUUAUAUUGGUCAAAGUCCUGUGAAUUUGAUUUCUUUAUAUAUA